AUGUGUCCUGCGCCGACAAAACAGAAGUACGCCUUUGGCGUACAGGAGAUGGUGAUUCCUUCGCGACAGGUGUACUCUGUUCCGCGUCUCGAGCGUCCUUCAGGAGCUCUUCGCUGCUUACUCGAAUUGAGACACGUCGUCUACAUCUCCCACGUCUUGACCCUGGCGGAUGCUCGCGAGGAUGGCGGGGAGUCUCUGUCCGUGAUCUCCUCGUCUUCCUCGAAAGACGGAGACGGGGACGUAAAAUGUCUUGGUAAGCUAGAAGCCAUUUUAGAGUACGUACAUUUCACAGAGGAUGGAGACAACGUGGGUGGAGGCCUUCGCGACAAGGACGACGUGUGA